GAGUAGUGCCGUUGAAUUGAGUUCACAGUGAGAGUCAAUGCCGAUUCUUCUAUUUCGCUAAUCAUCCCACCGGUCGUCGUCGCCCCGGCUUGGAAAUACCGCGAUGGCAGCGAGACAUAUACCCUAAUGGAAGCAACCCCACUAGCUCUCUCUUCCCUUCUUCUUCGGCUUUUUCUCUAGAGUUCAACAACUCUCCUUCCCCUGUUUUUGGAAUCCAAGUUGAGCCGGUUAACUGUCUAAAAUCGAGACGAAAACACUGUUGAAUUUCCGAUCUGCCGGUGCCCUUUUCCAGCUCUCUCUCUCGAAGGUAGUGAUCAAUGGCGGCCGUGGGCUUUCGGUUCCACCCGACCGACGAGGAGCUCAUCACCCAUUACCUGAAGCUUAAGAUGACCGGCCUCGAUGCCCUAGUCGAUAGUGUCAUGGGCGAAGUUGAUGUCUACCGCUUGGAACCAUCGGAAUUACCCUAUCAUUCGCUGAUUGGUUCUUUUGAGGACCAAGUGUGGUAUUUCUUCUGCCGUCUGGAUUACAAGUACAAGAACAGUAAAAGGGCUAGCAGGGCGACUGAGAGUGGGUACUGGAAAGUCACCGGAAAGCCCCGUUUCAUCUUGGCCAGAGAUUCUGGCGACCAAAUUGGGGUUAAGAAGACUUUGGUUUUCUUCUACAGAGCUCGCGGUGACAUUAAACCCAUUAGUACCCAAUGGGUCAUCCACGAGUACAAGGCCGCAGAACUCCUUCCUGAUCAGAAGGAGUAUGUUAUCUGCAAAACUGAAGCACAAAGGGGAUGAUUGGACGAAGGGUAAAGUUAGCAUUGAUGGUGAACAAUAGUCAUGCUGCACCUGUUUAUGGUGUCGAAAAUCAUGGUCCUGCAAUCCCAGUGCAAGAAUCAGCUACUGCAAUGCAAUCACCAGUGUGGCUUGAGGAAGGUAUUUCCAUUGAUGAUUUCUUAGGAGACGAUGUAUUCACCAAUGAAACUAAUAACGGGUCAACCUUUGGAUUCGAGCCCGAUGAGGAACUGGAUCCAGACAGUUACCUUGGUAUCCCGGAUGAUGGCAUUCCACAGAUCUUGAGAGGAUAAUGUUUUACUCCAUCACUCUCUUAAACAAGGUCAACGUAAUUACGGCAGGAGUUAUACACCAAGGCCUCUCUGAACAUGAAGCUUCUUACUUCGGGGGUCAGGCGCAGUCAAAGUUUCCAAUUGCAUCAUUGCACCAAGAUAGCAAUCAGGUAAGAGACAGCGGAUUUGAAUACCAAAGUCUCUAUAAAGGUGAAGCUUCUUACUUCAUGCCUCAGGCGCAGGCCAAGCUUGCAAGUGCAUCAACGUGCAAACAAAGCAACCUGUUUGUUAAGCAGGGCCUUGGUCAAAUGACUCGAGCUGCAGAAGCUGGGAAGGGAAGAAGGCUCCUUCCAGAAGCUACAAGGGCCACCAAGUCAUCCCGCUUUACUAAUGCGCAUUCGGCACUGGAGUCGAGCCCGGCAGCUUCAGCUGCGGAAGCCUGCAAAGGACCUGUUUCAGUCAUACAAAUGGUGGAGAUUCCAGCAAGUAAUGUGCUCAAUUCACCAACUGUAUAUAUCGCCAACAUACUGCUGGUGUUGGCGCUCUUCAAUCUCUGACCUGGCCUGCCUUUUCUUCGUUGAAAGAAGUGGAUUUGUAGGUGUGAAAAACAUUAUGCUUCGCUAUAUGCUUAAAUAUUAUAUAUUGGUAAUCAUCCCUUCUCUAUAGAGUCAUUAUCUGAUCGUUUGUAUGAAUUUUGGACGACCACCGCUAGAAAUUUAG